AUGUCGCCCGGCUCGUCUCCCGCGACUUCGCCGCCUGCCGCUCUUCCGUCUCCGUCUGCGAACGUGGCGCACCCCGCCCUCCCUCCGCUGAUUACCUCGCCGCCCGCUCGCAGGACUAACCUACCGCGCCCGAUGUCGCACGCCUCCAAGAACCGCUUGUCGCAGUACUCGACAACGAGCUCCAUCCUCUCGAGGUCGCGCCCGCCCUCGCAUCUCUUUCCACUCUAUCCUUCGAGCCUGCCCUACACGCUCGUGCGGGACUUCGCUUACCCUUCGUCUCAUCCUCUGCACUAUGGCCCGCCGUCGGAGCCCUCGCGGCCCCCCUCAGGCAUGACCACUCCGGCGAGCGAGCAGCAAAGUUUCUCGGACUUCCCCGCAUGGGAUACCAGGACAGGAUGGGAUAGCCAGUCGUGGAGCAGCAACUUCUCCAACAGGCCUGCCGACCUGCCUUCGAUUCAGUUUGCCGACGGCCCACCAUGGAGCGAGGAUGACGACCUCCAAAGUCCCGUCGUAAGCUCGAGGCACAGAAAGCACAAGAGCUCCGGCUCUCUUGUGAAGGGCGGCUCUCUCGUCAAGGGCCGAGGUAGCCGCGAGGCACAGGCAGCCUCGCAGACUUAUGAUGAGGACAGGGGGUACUACGUCGGCACCAAUGGCGACGGCAGUGAGCGGUACUAUGUCAACCAAGGCAACGAGGCCAAUGGGCCGGGCGGCGAGUACGUCACAUAUCCCGGCGAUGAAGCACGACACGGCAACAACGGGUACCAGCUGGCGAGCCAGCAGCCGCGCCAAUUUGGCGAAGCGGGCGAGUUUGGCUCUGACGAUUCGAGCGCAUGCUCAUCACCGGGCUACCACAACACGGACGAGUCCCGCUAUUCACGUGAUUACCAAUUCACUAUCACGUCGCCCGACGAAGAAAUGCACGGAAAGGCCGUCGCGCUCUUUGACUUUGAGCGGGAGAACGAGAGCGAGCUGCCGCUCGUCGAAGGCCAGAUCAUCUGGGUCUCAUACCGGUACGGGCAAGGCUGGCUGGUGGCCGAGGAUCCCAAGACACAAGAGAGCGGGCUCGUGCCCGAAGAAUACGUCCGCCUGCUGCGCGAUAUCGAAGGCGGCAUGACCAGCCUGACGGGCAGUCUGAACGUGGGCGACGGCAGCCCGGCCAGCCCAACCAACGACGGCGGCACGCCGACCCAGGCAGAGCACUCAACGGCCCAGCAAUUCCCCCGCUCGCCCGCAAUCACCACAGCCAGCGGCUCGUCGACGGCCACGAGCAACACAGCGUCCACGGUGUCAGCUACAACCAACGGCUACCAGCAGCCGAUCGUCUCGACCUUUUCCACCUCGAGCAAGGACCUCGACCCUUACCCGCAGCAUCUGUUGGGCACGCAGGCUGGCCAACCGCCCCCACAGGUGGUGCACUACCACGGCCAGCGGGGUGGCAGCCAGGCCAACACUCCCACACUAGCCGUCCACCAGGGGUUCGGGUCCAGGCGGGCGAGCCAGGAUACACCCUCCACCGCCACCACUGCCGGAAGUGGGCUGAAGAAAGGCGAAACGGCGGCGGCGGCGGCUGGCGGGCUGGAGACGUUGCCCGAUGCGAAGCUGGAAACUGCUGGUUCAAGUGCAUCGAGGAAGAGGGAGUCGAGGUGA